GACCUCAUCCCAGCAGCUUGAAGUUUACUGACCAGCAAAACUCUUUUCUCUCUCCUUCCUCCUCCUCGGGUCUGUUUGCUCUACCCAUUUAUUAGGAAUUGUUUGGUUCCUUUCAGGAACGGGAGGCUUAAAAAAAAUUAAAAAACAAAACCAAACCAAACCUCACCACCAACCCCAAACUUUCUUCCCCUCCCGACCUCCAACCCCCCCCCCCCCUCCCCGCUGUCCCUUUUUAAUUCUCUCAAGCCAUCUUGGGGGGGGGGGGAGGGGGGGGAGAAGACGAGAAAAAAAAGCUCCGAAUGUUUCCUUUUUCUUCUCCUCUUCCCUCAGCCUUCAUGCUUCCCCCUCCUAAAAAGACCAGAAUAGCGUUUUUUUUUUUUUUCCUUUUAAAUUGCUGUUAUUUUUGACUCGAAGAAGAAGGCGAAAGAGGCGCUUUCCUAGCGGCUGGAAGGAGACAAAAAGUUGCUUUCUGGCGGCAGCGGAGAGAGAGAGGCUGGUGGCAACUUUUAUCCCCGCCGCGGGGACAGACCCGAGGCAGACAGACAGACACAGACGGGGGGUGCGACAGUGUUUCCCUCUUCUGGCCUUUGUAUGUGGACCACCACACUCUGUCCUGUUCAGCCCAUUUAGAAUUUGACUCAAGUGUAGGCUCUUAGUCCGGUGUGAAGCUGAUGGGUGGGAGCAAAGGUAAAGAAUGAUGUAAUGCAGUGGCAGCCAGAAAGCAUCUUUUGUUUGAAUUGUGAAAUGGCUACUCCAGUCAUCUCCUGAUGAAUCAGAUGUGAGGGGCUGCUUUGUGGAAGGAACCCUUUGUAAUGGCACAUCAGCUGGAAGCAGGAGGAGAUGUUCAGUUGAAGAGCUCUUUCUGAAAAUGGGUUUAACUUUUCUUUUGCCAGUCACUGCCAGCAUGACCUCAUACACUUCUAGUACAAUGGUGUGGCUAAGCCUUUGAGUACACAGCCAUUACAUCAUCGCAGCAAAUUGGAGAGGGAGGUGGUGAAAGACGCCUUAUUGUUGUCAUGGCCGAUGAGAUGAUCAGGACUCAACUCAUUGUCGCCGAGAAGUUGGUGGCUUUGCUGGAGAGUGGUACAGAAAAAUUGCUACUGAUUGACAGCCGCCCCUUUGUGGAAUACAAUACGUCCCACAUCUUGGAUGCCAUCAACAUCAACUGCUCCAAGCUUAUGAAGCGGAGGCUGCAGCAGGACAAAGUUUUGAUUACAGAGCUCAUUCAGCAUUCAGCAAAACACAAGAUUGAAAUUGAUUGCAAGCAGGAAGUGGUGGUGUAUGACCAAAGCUCUAAAGACGUGACCUCUCUCUCAUCUGACUGCUUUCUUACUGUGCUCCUGGGCAAACUGGAGAAGAAUUUCAGCUCUGUUUAUCUGCUUUCAGGUGGAUUUGCUGAAUUCUCCAGCUCUUUCCCUGGUCUCUGUGAAGGAAAAUCCACACUCGUCCCUACGUGCAUUUCUCAGCCCUGUCUACCUGUCUCCAAUGUUGGCCCAACCAGGAUUCUGCCUCAUCUCUAUCUCGGGUGCCAACGGGACGUCCUCAACAAGGAGCUGAUGCAGCAGAAUGAUAUUGGCUAUGUACUAAAUGCCAGUAAUACCUGUCCAAAGCCUGAUUUCAUUCCGGAAUCCCAUUUUCUGAGAGUGCCAGUGAAUGACAGCUUUUGUGAGAAGAUUUUGCCUUGGUUGGAUAAAUCAGUCGAUUUUAUAGAAAAAGCAAAAGCAUCAAAUGGUUGCGUGUUAGUCCACUGUUUAGCUGGAAUAUCUCGCUCUGCCACAAUCGCUAUUGCAUACAUCAUGAAGAGAAUGGAUAUGUCCUUAGAUGAAGCUUACAGAUUUGUGAAAGAAAAGAGGCCAACCAUUUCUCCCAACUUCAACUUCCUGGGCCAACUUUUGGACUUUGAGAAGAAGAUCAAGAACCAGAGUGGUCAGCCUGGACAUAUCAGUAAGCUGACACUUCUACACCUGGAGAAGAGCAGUGAGCAUGUACUGGUCCCAGAAGGAGGGCACAGCAACCUCUCCACUAAUCAGCUCUGCAUUACCGCUACCUCUGAGAUCGUGGAACAGAAGCCCAUGGACUCCGGGAGCAUGUCAUGCGCACACUUGCCCUCCCUGGAAGAUAGCCCGCUGGUACAGGGCAUAAACGGACUGCACGUCUCCCUAGAUAAGGUGGAAGACAGUAACCGGCUGAAGCGCUCCUUUUCUUUGGAUAUCAAAUCCGUAUCCUACUCAGCCAGCAGCAGCUGUGUGACUGCAUCCGUUCAGGGCUUUGCCUCUUCCGAAGACACCCUGGAAUACUACAAACACGCGACUGCUUUAGAGGGCAGCAGCAAGCUGUGUCAGUUCUCCCCGGUGCAGGAGGUCUCAGAGCAGACCCCCGAAGCCAGCCCUGAUAAAGAGGAAGCAGGCCCUCCCAAGAAACCCCAGAAUACCUGGCAGCUGGACAGCCAGAGCAAACGGCAGCACGUGGGGAGAGCCGGCAGCAGCGCCGCCACUCAGCGGUCGCUCCUGUACCCCCUCCACCGGAGCGGGAGCGUGGAAGACAACUACCGAACGAACUUCUUGUUUGGGCUCUCCACCAGCCAGCAGCAUUUGGCGAAGUCUGCUGCGGGGCUGGGCCUCAAAGGCUGGCACUCAGACAUCUUGGCUCCUCACACGUCAGCUCCAUCCCUCACCAACAGCUGGUAUUUUGCAGCUGAGUCCUCGCAUUUCUACUCUGCCUCUGCCAUCUAUGGGAACAGCGCUGCGUACUCUGCCUACAGCUGUAGUCAGCUGCCCACAGGCUGCGACCAAGCCUGUGCUGUGCGCAGGAGGCCAAAGCAGGGUGACCGAGGUGACUCCAGGCGCAGCUGGCAUGAGGAAAGCUCUUUCGAGAAGCAGUUUAAGCGCAGAAGCUGCCAGAUGGAGUUUGGGGAAAGCAUCAUGUCAGACAACAGAUCCAGAGAAGAACUGGGGAAAGUGGGCAGUCAGUCGAGCUUUUCAGGCAGCAUGGAAAUCAUUGAAGUGUCUUGAGGAGCAGCAGACUGGCGUGACUGUAUCGGAUUUGCUUCCCCCUCCAGGCUGCUCCCCCAGCAUUUAAGAGGUCCCUAUAAAUCUGAAAAGAACAAACAUCACGCAGAAGGUGGGGAGGGAGGAAAUGUGGGGCUUCACUGUGAACGCAGUGACUAGAUUAAUACAGCGAGGAAAUGACAAGUGAGCGUCUGCACGAGGAGACCAAGUGCACUGUUGGGUUUUUCUCCUCCCCUUUCCUGGAGAAGGGCAGAACAUUUCAAAGAGUUUUUUCCCUGACAGAGGAAGCAAUUUACAUGCAAUGGGUUGCACAUCCUUUCAGUGUUUUCAAAAAGGAAACUCUCGUGGUAUCGAACCAUAUCUCUGGUUCCACUGAAACAUGCUUCUACCCAUCAAAGCUAGUUUUAUUCUCCCUUCCUCAUGCCUCAAGUCUUCACCAGUGCACCUUAGCCCUGACACUGAGCCAACCUCUGGAGGGAGACGUUUUUCCUGUAAGAAAGGAGACUGGGAGUGAUUCCAAAGGAAGUAGGGACUGGUUACAGCAAGGCUGGUCUGAAAAUACAGUUCAGGCAAAUGUAAAUAGUGGUGUAACUAUUGUUCUAAUGGAUAGGCUUUAGGUGAUUUGCUAGAGAGCUGCUUCAGAGAAAAAAAAAACAGUACCUCAAAAAUAUAAAAAAUAAACUAGGGCUUUAUGGCUGCCAGAUGCAGGUAGUCAGUUCGUAAGCAAUGUGAACAAGCAAUGACAAGCCACAUUAGAUUUUUUUUUUUUUAAAGCUGUCUACGCACAAGUGUUUCAGUUGGCUUACUAGCAAUUCUUCAGAAAGACAAAUGAACCAUACUUAUGACCAUUACCCCCAGUCUUUUGAAAUAUAAAAUAAACAGUAUUUUUUUUCUGAUAUUUAGCUGGCUUCUGGGAGAGGGAUACUUUUGCUUCCAAGCUAUAAUGGAGUGGUUAAUCCUUAGCGCUAUGUGCAAGAGAAGCAGCUGGUACAAUACCACAAAUUCCUCCUCUUGCCAAUUGCCAAUUCAAUUGUUUGUUUUGUUUUGUUUUUUAAAGCAAAAAUUAGUUGUAAGCCUUGGUGGGAUGGGCUUUUGUUCAAAACUGAGCAGUACUGUUAAGGAACUACUCUUCAUAUGCAGCUCCAAUCGCUUGUGCGGUGGGGGCAAUUCAGGUUUGUUGUUUUUUUUUUUCCUACCCCCUCCACACCCCACACCCUCUCCAACAUCCUCACCCAAACUGUGAGGAUCGAGGUUUUAUGUUUGCUGACCUCAUCCAAGAAAGAGAGGUCUGUUCAGCUGUCCAGGGAAAACAGAAGGGAACUCCAGAGUCCCAUCUCAUGAUGCGGUGUGAAAGAAAGAGGGGUUGAGAAGAGACAGCUUUAAUGGAAAGCCUGCUCACCUUCUGCGCUUGCAGAUCCAAAAGAACUUUAAUUUUGGCUUUUGUCUUCCGUCCCAGUUUAGGGUCUCGGUUUCCCAGCGUGCUGAUGCAUGAUUUGGCUGCAGAUGCUCCUAGCUGUGCUGCAGCUGGCCAGUGCUCUGCUCUCUGAUCUACACCAGCCUAGAGGCUAUGCCAGCGUGAGGAGGUGCCCUCCCUGCUGCCAGCAGGGGUGUUCCAUGGGAGAUUAGGCACAGCCCUCCUUGUGUUGUUCUUGACAGUGAACCAGCUGCUUCCCCUCCAGCUUGUGAGUCUUGUGGUGCGUUGGCUGCUGCUUCGCAAACUGUUACGUGUGUGCACCUUGCCGUAAGAGGUUUACGGUAGGCAAGGAGUGGUCCAGAGGCACAACGCAGAGCUUCAGCCUUCCCUCUUGUACAUGGAUGGAAGCUGCACACGUUAUCUAGGUCUUCCCCAGGGCCCCUCAGCACAUGCAUAUGUUUGGGGGGGGGCGGGGAACUAUAUUGUUUUGUCCAGUGCAGGCAGCUGAAAAUUAUAAAUCAAAUGAAACAGAUACUUAUACCUGGCCAACAGCUUUUAAAAAAAAUUGUCAAGCCCUAAUUCAAGUCAGCAACUUGGGUUAUGUUUCGUUUGUUUGUUUGUUUUUGUUGUUUUGUUUUGUUUUUUACUUUAAGUGUAGCUAGUUUGUGACUCAAAUCUCAGGUUUUACUGUAUUGAAAAGUGGAGAAGAUUUUGUCAUUGUUUUGUUUUAUGGCUAGGAUGUGACUUAAUUUCCUACAGUGGACUGUUUAAAAUAGCACUACAGCAUUGAUUAACUUGAUCCUAAAAAGUGCAAACGACACACAGAGAGGCAGCAGCAGGAGUAACUGAACCCAGAGGCUGUGUUCGUGAUGUGUGUGUGAAAUGCCGGAAGAAAGGGUAGCCUGGGCAAGGGACAGGUUGACACCACACUGUAAAGCAUGUCAGGUCUUCGCUUUUCAUUAAAUGUACUGCCACUUGUCUGUGCUUACAUACCAAGUGAAAGUGAUUACAUUGCAACUAUGCGUGUGUAUACACACAUGGAAACCAUUUAGCAGUGCUCCUCUCAGCCAGACUUCAGUAAGGGCCUGUGUCUUAUUUGAUUUAAACCAGUUAACAGGGGUAAACACAAAUAAAUCCCCGCAGGCAGAAAGAUAGUUUUCCUGGGUCUUGUGCUCACUCACACGUGUGUUCUCCCCUGUCUCGUUAUACACACAAGUAGGUACGGUUGGGGUUUUGUUUGGUUAAUCUCCUUCUGAGGAACUGAAAUUUGGUCGUCUGGCUCCUCGUGAUUUCCAAUAAGCUAUAGUCACCAACUGAAUCAAAGCUGUAGGCUCAUGUUAGGGGACAGCUUCCUGUAGGAGGAAGCCUUAAAUUCAUAUCCUGUGCAGGGUGGUGCCCUGUCUCAUUUCUGAAAUGGUGUCCUAUACCUGAACAAUGCUGGAAAUGGUUUUGAGGUUUGGAGAGCAAAGUGGAGGAUGUGGGGGGGGGGAAACGUGUACAUGUUCAAUAUGAAUAUAAUGUUUUUUGGUGUAUGGAAGCUGUUUAAAUGGUUCAGAGAGAUGUGAGUUUCUCAUCUUGUUGUGUCAUGAGCAUUACCUGUAUGUUAUGAUGAAAUAAAAUCAGAAAUGGUACCUGUUUAUAU